AUGUCGACACUUCCGUGCGUUAUCAUUGACACUGGGUCGCUGUACCUGAAAGCGGGACUCAGCGACCAGAGCGAGCCUCAGGUGCAUGAGCAAAGCGUGUAUGGAGAGGUGAAGAAGAAGUACAAGAAUGAACUGCCCGACGAGCGACUGUACGGCAACGAUUGCAUGAAGCAGAUGGGCUACAUGUCCAUCACGCCGAUAGUGGACCACGGGCACAUUUACGAUUACGAUGCGGCAAUCGGGCUGUGGAAACACACGUUUGACGCCCUGGGAAUGACGUCACAGGGGAACUCCGUGCUGCUGACGGAGCCCGUUCUCUGCUCGCCAGAACACCACCAGAAGACGGGGGAAAUUUUCCUGGAGCAGCUGGGCGUGGACGAUAUACACAUGUCGAUAUCCGGGCUGCUGGCGAUGUACGGUGCCGGCAAGACGUCGGGUAUAGUGGUGGACAUCGGCGACGGGAUGGUGCAGGUGGUCCCCAUGGAGGAGGGCCACCUCCAGAAGAGCGCGAUCCGCCGCGAGGACUUCGGCGGCAUGGAGCUGACCAUGUACAUGCAGCGGCUCCUGUGCGAGUUGGGGUACCCCAUGACCUCCAGGGAGGACUUCGCCACCUGCCGCAGGAUGAAGGAGCAGCUGUGCUUCUGCUCCCUCGACCCCCGCACGGACGAAAACAAGGUGGCUGAACUAGAACAGGAAUACGUGCUCCCCGACGGACAGACGCUCAGGGAUGGCGAAACGAACACUAUAAACAUCUCUGUCGAGCGCUUCUACGUCUGUGAAGCGCUCUUCAACCCCAAGAUUAUGGGAUUGAACCACGUGGGCCUCGCCAACCUGGUCUGGGAGUCGAUCCAGAACUCGGGAUUGACACAGCGCAGGCUGCUCAUGGAGAAUAUAUACCUGUGUGGCGCCAGCUCGCAGUUCGAGAAUCUGCACGAGCGCCUCAAGUUCGAGCUGCAGAACAUGGCACAGCCGGGAACCAGGCAGUGCAUCGCCGUUUACACUUCACGCGACCAGCACUUGCUCAGCUGGAAGGGCGCCUGCUUCCUGGGCGCACCUGAAGUCCGCAACACGUACAAGGAGCUCUGGGUCACGAAGGCGGAUUACGAGGAGGAAGGGGCGCGCGCCUUCCAGAGGCAGGUCAUCAAGUGA